CUGGUAGCGAAGGCUGGUGGGCCGCCAUUUACGUGUGUGCAGGCCAGCUGGGCUCUUGGAGAGCAGUCGCCCCGCUGCCCAGUCCGAUCUCCGACCAGGCUAACCUUCCUCCGCUCGGCCGAACAACAAGCCUCCUCAAGUGUUACGAUCCCUUGAUGUAUUGUCGACCUUAACGUUUCGUUGGAGAGUGUCAGCUCCGAAACUAGGGGGCAAUGGGCGACAACUUUGCCCCGAGCUUUACCCAGAAGCCUAAACUCCGCCAGGAGGAUGAUGGUAACAAACUUAUCUUCGACUGCAAACUCUCGGCCUCCCCACAACCCUCCAUCGAGUGGUUCCGUGGAGAGGAGUCCGUGAAAGAAAGUUCCAGGAUCAAGAUCACUAUUAAACCAGGAACCGGACGAAACAUCCACGACGUGCAGCUCAUCCUUGACGACGUCGAGGAGGAGGAUGCCGGGCUCUACAAGGUCAAGGCUAAGAACAAGUAUGGCGAGGUGUCCGCGUCAAUCAAUCUGAACUUCAGUCCAAACGAACAACCUACAGAUUUAAAACAAAUCGAUGGACUCGCGCCAACCUUCGCCCAGAAACCAGUCAUCAAACAGGAGGAAGGAGGCAAACAUAUCAAGUUCGAAUGUCGCAUCCUGGCUGAUCCCAAACCCGCCAUCACUUGGUUCCGUGAUGGACUCAAGGUGCAAGAGUCCGCACGGUGCAAGGUGAUGAUCGAGAAGGACGAAAAAUCCUACUUCGUGACCAUGGCUCUCACUAACGUCACGGUGGAGGACGCAGGGAAGUACAAGGUCACCGCCAAGAACGAACUUGGAGAGAGCAAUGCCACAAUUAGCCUAAACUUCGACAGUUCCUUUAUGAUGCUCACAGCCGACGAGGCGCCCCUGCCGUCCAAGGAAGGAGUGCGACCCACCUUCACUGAGCGACCCUGCAUCAAGCAGAGUGAGGACGGCUCAAGCGUCAUCUUCAGCUGCCGCUGUGUGGGCAGCCCGCAGCCCACAAUCGUAUGGGAAUUUAAGGGAAAGAAGCUGCGUGAAGGAGCACGACACAAGAUGAAGAUAGAGCCUGACGGCAAGGUGUAUUUCUUCGUGUUGCUGGAGAUUAGCAAGGUGUCCAACGCUGACGAAGGAGAGUACAAGGCCAUCGCCACAAACAAACUGGGUGAAGGUGUCGCCACCAUUAACCUGCAUUUCGAAGGCAAAACAGCUUCAGACAAGCCAAAAAUUCCCGACGGCAAAGCUCCGAGGUUCCCUAAGAAGCCGGAAAUCCGUCAAGAGGGCGACAAGCUGGUGAUGGAGUGCGUGCUGGAAGCUAACCCGGAACCAGAGGUCACCUGGUUCAAGGGAAAUGAGAUGGUUCAAGAACAGGGUCGAAUAUCUAUAUACAAGAAGAUAUGCGGGAAGGACCAGUACAUCGUGUCGGUGACCAUCAUGAAACCCGAAGCGUCGGACGGAGGACAGUGGCGGUGCAACGCCUUCAAUCCCUUCGGCGACUCUAAUGCAAAUAUCGCCCUUAACUUCGAGAAGGGUAAAGCCAUUCCAGAGGGCUUCGCUCCCACCUUCCUCGACAAGCCUUCCAUCAUCCCCAACGAGUCUGGCACUAUGAUUACCAUGAAGGUACGGUGCAAGGCCAAGCCACAGCCAACAGUGGAGUGGUUCAAAGAUGGUAACAAACUUGAGGCUGCUAAGCGUCUUGUUAUUAAAGAACAUAAAGUCACAGCCGAAAUGUUCGAGUAUUCUUGCAUUGUUAAGGAUCCGUGUGGUGCUGACGCUGGCAAAUACAAGUGCGUGGCAAUGAACCAAUUUGGCGAAGCCACAGCCAACGUGAACCUAAACAUCGAAUCUGACCCGGAGCCGACGGGCCAGGCUCCAGUGUUCGUGGAGAAGCCCACUAUCAAAUUCGAGGAGAAGGCUGGGCGGGUGCUGAUGGAGGCUCUGGUGCGUGCUGACCCAAAACCCACCUCCCGCUGGACCAAGGACGGUAAAGAACUCGACGGAGCUAGAGUAACUGCGACCGUCACCCGGGAGAAGGAGGACUUGUACCGCAUCCGCAUGGAGUUGCGGAAACCACAACCUACUGACGGCGGUGUGUACAAGUGUAACAUCAAGAACGAGUUCGGGGAGCUUAAUGCUAACCUCAACCUCAACAUCGAAGUGGCACCAACCAUCAAGAGGCCGCCCAAGAUCGUCUCGGUGUUCAACAAGAAGGUGGUGAUUGAGUGCGUGAUCAUGUCCACCUCGAAGCCAGCUUGCAGCUGGUACAAGGAUUCCACCAAAGUCCGACUCGACUCACGCCACUGCGUCAACAUCAACGAGGAGGGAGAGGGCAAGUAUGUUGUGCAGAUGGAGAUGAUCAAGGCGGAGAAAUUCGACUGUGGCUCAUACAAGGUAGUUGCCAAGAACGAGAAGGGUGAGACUACCUCGCAAACUAAGAAGCCCAAGAAGAAAGAUGAACCAAAGAAGGAAGAAGAAAAGAAAAAGGAGGAGGUCAAGGAGGAAAAGAUGGAGCAACAGGAGGCAUCCCGGGUUGAAGAGUCGAAAAUGGAAGAAGAGAAGGCGGCUAAGAAGGAUAAACCCAAAAAGAGGGAAAUUAAGAAAGAGGAACCUGCUGAGCCUGAAAAAGUUAAACUGAAAAAGGUUGUAGCUAAAAAGGAAGAACCCCAAGAAGAUUUUUCAAAGAUUAAGCUUAAAAAAGUCGCAGCUAAAGAAGAAGAGGUAGUUGACGAAGCUCAAAAAAUUGAACUGAGAAAGGUUGGAGCUAAAGAGCAACAGGCCGUGGAAGAAGGUGAGAAAGUUAAGCUCAAGAAAUUAGGAGUCAAAGAGGAACAGUCCAUAGAAGAAGCUCAAAAAGUUCAACUCAAAAAAGUCGGAGCAAAAGAACAACAGGCCGUUGAAGAAGCUCAAAAAGUUCAACUCAAAAAAGUCGGAGCAAAAGAACAACAGGCCGUUGAAGAAGCUCAGAAAGUUCAGCUCAAAAAGGUCAAACCUAAAGAGGUAGAGGCCGUCGAAGAUAUUCAGAAAAUAAAACUUAAAAAGGUUAAACCUAAAGAGGAAGAAGCUGUUGAAGAAGCUCAGAAAAUCCAACUUAAAAAGGUUGGAGCUAAAGAACAGCAGGCCGUGGAAGAGGGUGAAAAGGUUAAGCUCAAAAAGGUUGGAGCUAGGAAGGAGGAGGCUGUUGAAGAAACCGAGAAAGUGCAGUUGAAAAAGGUUGAAACUAAAAAGUUAGAAGUGAAGAAGGAGGAAGCUAUAAAGACAGAAAUGGAGCCUCUCCAGAAACCGACAAUCGUUGAGCCCAAAGCGGAUGCUCCUAAGAUUGAGGUGAUAAAAGAUAAGUCACCUGAGCGCCGAGGCUCUCAGGCCACAGGUUCAGGACCUCCCAGCCGGAGAGGUUCGCUCAUUCCUCCCGAGGAUGGCGCUGGUGGGCGCAGGCCAUCCCUACUCAUCGCGGACGAGGCACAACGAAAAGCACGUCCUGGAGAAGAAACAUUGGAAUUUAAGGGAAGCCGCAAAUUACGACCCGGAGAAUCAUUAGUGGAGGGAAAGGGGAAACUAAAACCCGGCGAGCAGGCGAGCAAACAGCGUCGACGCCCGAGCAGUGACGUUCGGAGGCCCUCAGUGCAAGAUGACGAGAAGAUGGACAAAGCAAGUACCCCGCUCCGCAACAUCGGUAAUCCAGGACCACCAGUCAUUGUUGACGUGCAGCAGAAGUACACAGCAGUUGAGGACCAAAACGGCUACAUCGACCUGGUAGUGGAAGGCAUCCCGGCGCCUACUAAGAUCAAGUUCUUCAAGGGCAUCACUGAGAUCGUCGAGAGCGGCCGCUAUAAGAUUCACACGGAGGGUGAAACUAACACUAUUACGCUGUGCAUAAGGAAGACCAAGGCCAACGACGAAGAUCACUACAAGGUUAUCGUUGCUAACGAACAUGGCGAAGACACUGCAGAAAUGGACUUUUACGUCUCGGACGCAAGUGGCAUGGAUUUCCGUGCCAUGUUGAAGAAAAAGAAAUACGCUAAGUGGAAAAGAGAUAACGAGGAUCCAGACUGGGGUGAACUGAAGGAGACAGAGAAGGAGCAGAAGCCUCAACUCCGCAAGGUCGAGAGGAAGCAGGAGUCUUGGGUGAAGCCUCUGGUCGACCUCACCGUCAAGGAGGGCAAGGAGAAAUUCGCUAAGUUCGAGGGCGAGUUCUCCAAGAAGGACUCCAAACCGAAGUGGUUCUUCAAGAAGGAUGAGCUGUUUUCUGGAUCCAAAUAUAAGUUCAAGUCUGAGGGCUGCGUACACAGCAUUGUGAUCAGCAAGCCUACAGUGGACGACAUGGGAAGAUACACGGUGGAGUGCAUGGGUAUCUCCUGCUCCGCCAUCCUCACCGUCCAGGAGCCUGAUCCUGACUACAAAUUUGUGCGGCCUUUGCCUAAAAAGAUCUCUAGCUACACUACCAAAGACGCAACCCUCGAGGCUCAGGUCAACUCCCACAAAGCCAUCGUCCACUGGUUCAGGGGAGACGAGAAAAUUGAGGAAGACGAAAAGUUCGAAACUUACAAAGACAUGACGGGCACAGUUCGUCUCACCAUUAAGAACGCCAGCAAGAAAGACAAGGGCAAGUACACAGCCAAGAUCUUCAGAUGCGAGAAGGAAGCCACUGAGACCUUGCUUACCAUCGUUGAUCAGCCUUUCAAAUUCACUAAGCAGCUCAAGUCCAAGACGGUGACCGAGAAUCACAAAGUCGUUCUUGAGUGCGAUGUGGACGAGGCCGAGGCUGAGGUAGAGUGGUUCUACGGGGACAAGAAACUGACACCUGAUAGCAAAGCCAUCAAGAUCAUGAAGGAUGGCAAGAAACGACAGCUGGUCUUCAAGAGCAUUACCAUGGACGAUGCAGGCAACUACACCUGCAAGACAAAUGCUGACGAGACCACCUGCGAGCUGAUUGUUCAGUAUGAGAAUAAGUUCAAGAAGAAGCUACAAGAUCAGAUGACUUACGAGAAGCAGCCGGCGACGUUCGAAGUAGAGCUAGUGGACCCCAACGCUCCUCUGCAGUGGUUCAUCAAUGGCAAGGAGGUGACAGAAGGAGAUAACUAUGAGAUCCAGAAGAAUGGCGCCGUACACCGCCUCAUCAUUAAGGAAGCCGCCACUGCCCACGAGGGAGAAAUUAAGGCCGUGUGCGGGAACUUGGAGACGGCUUGCCAGCUGAGUGUGGGCGAGGGAGAGAAGCCGCCCAGCAUCAAGCCGGAGGAACCCAUUGAAGGGCCAGUGACCAAGCCUCUGGUCUUCGAGGUUCCUUACACAAUUCCCGGCUCGAGGAUCUCUAAGGUGGAGGCCAAGUUACUGAAGGACGGCAAGCCUAUGAACGUCAAGGAUGUUGAGGUAAACAUACUGGAUAAGAAGGUCGUUUACACCAUCAAGAAACCGAGUAGGGACCAGAGCGGGAAAUACGUCAUCAGGAUGUCCAACAAAGCCGGCGAGAGUAGCAAGGAAGUCAGGAUCAACAUGCAAGAUAAGCCAAGCCCGCCUACCAAUAUUGAGGUGUCUGAGAUCUUUUCAACGUCAUGCUUAAUAACAUUCGGACCACCUAAGGACGACGGUGGUCUACCUCUCACCUACUACACUAUCGAGCGCCAGGACUUCUCCGUCAAGGCAUCACAUCCGAGAAUCUGGGAACGAACAGGCGGGUGGGCUCAGGUAGCAGAGAUUCCCGCUGACGAGCCACUGCGCUUCAAGAGUGAGGAUCUGGAGAACAAGAAACAGUACAAAUUCAAGAUCACAGUGAGCAACAAGCUUGGGGCCUCCGACCCAGCUGUCCAUCCGAAGAUCAUCCUCGCCAAGGAUCCAUGGGAUGAGCCCGGUAAGAUCUUGCAUGUGGAGGUCAACGACUGGGGACCAGAACACGCAGAUCUCCGCUGGUCCAGACCAGAAACCGAUGGCGGUGCCCCCAUUACUGGCUAUGUCAUUGAGUUUAGGACACGCGCCAUGCCUGCUGGAGGAGAGGUGGAUCGGUUCUCAGACUGGAGUAAAGGUAUAGAGAUCCAGGGCGACGUAACGGAGGGAACCAUCCCCAACCUGAAAGAAGGCAAUCAGUAUGAGUUCCGCGUAAGGGCUGUAAACAAAGCUGGCCCCGGCGAGCCCUCAGACCCCACCAAACCUAUCCAGGCUAAACACCGCUUUGUGAGACCUUUCGUGAUCAACAAAGACGAGUUCAGAAACAUCGUAAUCAAGAAGACACAGCUGUUCAAGCUGGACGUCAAAUACGGAGGUGAGCCCGAGCCGAGGGUGAUCUGGAAGAAGGAUGAUAAAGAGGUGAUUCCCGACGAGGAACAGAGGCUACCAGAUCCUUACAACUGCCGAAGGAUUACCAUCGAGCAGUUCGAGAGAAACACGGUGUUCACGCUGAGGAAGGGUGUACGCUCAGACACGGCAAAGUAUAAGCUACAACUGGUCAACUCUGUAGGCGAGUGUGAAGAGGAAGCUGACGUUGUUGUCCUCGCUAAACCCACCCGGCCCGAGGGACCGCUCUUCCCUGAGGAGAUCCGCGCUGAUCAUGUCAAGCUCAAAUGGAAAAAGCCCAAGGACGAUGGUGGUUUGCCCAUCGAGGGUUACAUCAUCGAGAAGAUGGAUGUGGAUACCGGAGCCUGGAUACCUGCUGGCGAGGUGGGACCGGAGACACAGGAGUUCACCGUGGACGGACUGACGCCCAAAAAGAAGUACAAGUUCCGCGUGAAGGCCGUCAACAAGGAGGGAGAAUCAGAACCGCUGGAGAACGAUGAACCCAUUUUGGCUCGCAACCCUUAUGACGAACCAUCCCGCCCCGGCAAACCUGAGAUCAUUGAUUACGACAACACGAUGGUUGUGUUGCGGUGGACUCCACCAGAGAAGGAUGGUGGCCGCCCCAUCACUCACUACCACAUUGAGAUGAAGGACAAACUCUCGGUGGACUGGAAGGAGGUAGUGCAGACUAAGGAUACCAACUGUGAGGCUCAGGUGCCCGGCCUUAAAGAAGGAACAGUGUACAGCUUCCGUGUUCGCGCUGCCAACAAGGCAGGUGUUGGUGAGGCCUCUGAGCCUACCGACAAUCACCUCUGCAAGCACAAGAACCUAAAGCCACGUAUCGACCGCACAAAUUUCAAGUCAGUGACCAUUAAGGUGGGUCGCAGCCACAAGUGGGCAGUCGACUAUAUUGGUGAGCCUGAGCCUGAGGUGUUUUGGUCCCGCGGUGAGAACAUCCUCUCUAACACGGACAGAAUUCACAUCGAGAACACCGAUCACCACACCGAGAUCUCCAUCACUGAUGCCACCAGGAAAGACGCCGGUCUUUAUACCCUCAAGAUCGAGAACCGCAAUGGUCAGGACAGCGAGACUGUAGAGCUCGUGGUUCUUGGGAAGCCCAGCAAGCCCAAGGGUCCCCUGGAGGUAUCCAACAUACACGAUACUGGCUGCAGGCUCAAGUGGGAGAAGCCUGACGACGAUGGUGGACUGCCCAUUAAGGAGUAUGAGGUGGAGAAGAUGGACUUGGCUACUGGCAAGUGGGUCAGAUGUGGCAAGUGCCCCGGAGCUCUGGCUCCUCCAUACUUCAACGUGGAAGGUCUGGAGCCGGGACACCAGUAUAAGUUCCGCGUCACAGCUGUCAACGACGAAGGUGACUCCGAUCCGUUGGAGGCUGACGGUGCCAUUCUUGCCAAGAAUCCCUACGAUGUAGCCACGGCUCCUGGUAGACCAGAAAUAGUCGACUAUGACAACAAAUCGGUGGAUCUCAAGUGGACUGUGCCGGAGUCGGAUGGUGGAGCUCCCAUCAUGAAGUAUAUCAUCCAAAAGAAAGACAAGUUCAUGCCAGAUUGGGAGGUGGCUGGAGAGUUGAAGCAAGACGUGAUGCAGCCACUUAAACCCGGGACACCCGUGGAGAGCAAAGUAGUCGGACUGAAGCACAGGGCCGAGUACCAGUUCAGGGUGAUCGCCGUCAACAAAGCAGGCAACUCGCCCGAGUCCGAGCCUACUGACUAUCACCUCGUCAAGCACAAAGCCUUGAAGCCACGAAUUGACCGUACCCACUUGAAGCAGACGACCAUCAAGGCUGGCCGCAAUGUUAAGUUUGAUAUUAACAUCGAGGGUGAGCCAGCGCCGUCUGUACAAUGGGUGCUCAAGGAAGCAGAGGUGAGGGAUAGUAACAUCGAGAUCAUCAACGUGGACUACAACACUAAGUUCAACAUGGUGGACGCUAAGAGGAAACAGACGGGUACCUACAAGAUCAUUGCCACCAACAAGCACGGCAAGGACGAAGCCGAAGUCGAAAUCGUUGUCCUCUCUGGUCCUGGGAAGCCCAAAGGUCCGCUGAAGGUGUCGGAUGUGACGAAGAAGAGCUGCAAGCUCAAGUGGGACAAACCCGAUGACGAUGGUGGCAAGCCUAUCCAAGAGUACUUGGUGGAGAAGCAGGAUCCCACUACAGGCCGUUGGGUGCCUGUCGGCAGGACCAAGGACUUGACCAUGGACGUGCCUGGCCUGCAGGAGGGUAAAGAAUAUAACUUCCGCGUGAAGGCCGUCAACGACGAAGGCGAGUCCGAGCCCUUGGAAACUGACCACUCAACCCUCGCCAAGGAUCCCUAUGGCCCCCCUGGAAAACCUGGCAUUCCAGAUAUCUUUGACUGGGACGUGGACCGCGUGGAUCUCAAGUGGGAUGCACCCAAGGACAACGGCGGCGCUCCUAUCACCAAGUACAUCAUCGAGAAGAAGGAACGUUACGGCUCGUGGGAGACAAUCCACGAGUCAGAGGGACCCAAGACGGAGUGCCGCGUACCUGGCCUCAAGGAGGGCAACACCUACCAGUUCCGUGUGACGGCCGUUAACAAGGCAGGACCGGGUGAGCCCUCAGAUCCAACGAAGCCUCACCUCGCCAAGGCCAGAUUCUUGAAACCUCUCAUCAACCGCGAGAAGUUGAAGAAAAUCGUCACUCGUGCCUCACAGAAGGUGUUCCUCGAGGUGGACGUGAAGGGUGAACCUCCUCCAGAGAUCUGGUGGACACUCAAAAACAAAAAAGUGGAGACUGGAGGAAACUACAUUGUCCAGGCUGAGGACUACCUCACCAAGUUCACUCUGAACGACGCCGAGCGUAGACACACCGGCAUCUACAAGAUCCACGCCAAGAAUGACUCCGGUUCUGACGAGGCCGAGCUGGAGAUUGUGGUUCUAGACCGCCCUGGCAAGCCUGAAGGGCCGCUGGAGAUCUCGGACGUUCACAAGGAGGGCUGCAAGCUCAAGUGGGACAAACCCAAGGAUGACGGUGGUGUCCCUAUCGAUGGUUACAUCGUCGAGAAGAUGGACGUCACCUCUGGUAAGUGGGUGCCAUGUGGUCGUACUGACGGAGACUCCACCGAUUUCGAGGUGACGGGUCUGGAGCCAGGCAAGAAGUACGAAUUCCGUGUGAAGGCGCACAACGAUGAAGGUGAAUCUGACCCUCUGGACGGCGAUAGGGCCAUCAUCGCCAAGGAUCCCUUCGACAAGCCUGGACCUCCAGGACUGCCUGAGAUCGUCGACUUCGAUGAGACCAGCGUCAAGUUGAAAUGGGACCCGCCCAUCAGGGACGGCGGCGCCGAGAUCACUGGCUACGUCCUCGAGAUGAAACCCAAGAAUGCUGACAACUUCGUAGAGGUGGGCAAGGUGAAGGGUAACGUCUGCCAGGGACCAAUUAAUGGCCUUAAGGAAGGUGAGAAGUACGAAUUCCGAGUGAGGGCUGUCAACAAGGCUGGUGUGGGUGAGCCUUCAGACUCCACACUACCACACACCGCCCGAGCCAAGUUCCGAAAGCCUCGCAUCGACCGCACCAACGUGAAGGACGUUGUGCUGAAGGUGGGCCAGCAGUACCUGUACGACAUCGAUGUGAUCGGUGAGCCCAAGCCAACCAACACCUGGACACUGAAGGACAAGCCCUUGCUAUCUAUCCUUGGACAGGAGGUGGUGACGAAGGAUCUGCUGCGCGUUGACUCAUCAGGCAACAAUACCAAGCUGCUCAUUAUGAAGGCGCAGAGGAAAAUGUCUGGCAAGUACGUCCUCACUGCUAAGAACGAACACGGAGAAGACUCAGUCCAGAUCGACCUCACUAUCUUGGGUCCUCCGAGUAAACCCAAGGGUCCGCUGGAUGUGAGCGAUGUAAAAGCCAAUGGGUGCAAACUGAAGUGGGAUAAGCCAGAGGACGAUGGUGGCCUGCCUGUCGACCACUAUGAGAUCGAGAAACUAGACCCCAUCACUGGCCAAUGGAUGCCCUGUGGCGAGUCCAAGACCCCAGAGUUUGACGUAACUGGACUACAAGAGGGUAAGAAGUACAAGUUCCGCGUGAAGGCUGUUAAUCCUGAGGGCGAGUCCGAGCCCCUCGAGGCUGACAAGGCUAUCAUCGCUAAGAACCCCUUCGACCCCCCCAGCAAGCCUGGCAAACCCAAGGCGACCAACUGGGACCGCGACUUUGUGGAGCUGGAGUGGGCCAAGCCUAAGGACGACGGUGGAGCGGAGAUCACCAAGUACAUCGUCGAAAAGCGAGAUGUGACUGGUCGUGGGUGGACACCGUGCGGGAGUGGCCCUGGUAACCGCACCUCCCUCCGCAUCACAGAUGUGGAACCUGACCACGAGUACCAGUUCCGCGUCAUCGCUGAGAACAAAGCUGGACCUUCUGAGCCUUCCGAUGCUUCAGAGUCCGUCAUCUGCAAACCAAGAUUCUUGGCACCGCGCAUCGAUCGCAAGAACCUGGGGCGCAAGACCAUCCGCUCAGGCAUCACCUUCAAAAACGAGAGCAAGGUGGAGGGUGAGCCCGACCCCAAGGUGACCUGGAGUCUUAAGGGUGAGUCCAUCAAGAACGAGCGGGUGACCAUAACGAGCGAGGACCACCUCACCACUAUCAUCAUCAGGAAGGCCAAGCGCUCAGACACCGGCAUCUACAAGAUCUUUGCCAAGAACGAUUCUGGCACUGACGAGGCCGAGCUGGAUCUUGUAGUGAUUGGCAAACCCGGCAAACCCAAGGGUCCACUGAAGGUAUCCGACGUGACGGCGGAGUCCGCUAAGCUCAAGUGGGAACCCCCGGAGGACGAUGGCGGAGAGCCUAUUGACCACUACGUGGUGGAGCGCAUGGACACGGAGACUGGUCGCUGGGUCCCGGUGAAGGAAACCAAGUCUCCCGAGGCUGAGGUUCCUGGACUCACUGAGGGCCACGACUACCACUUCCGCGUCAGGGCCGUCAACUCUGAAGGCGAGUCGGAGCCCCUGGAGACCGACACGGCCAUCAAGGCCAAGAAUCCCUUCGACCCGCCCAGCAAGCCUGGUAAACCCGAGGUGAAGGACUUCGACAGGACGUGGUGUGAACUGAAGUGGAACCCACCAGAUAAUGAUGGUGGCGCCCCCAUCAGCCACUACAUCAUUGAACGUAAAGACAAAUACGCUGCCAAAUGGGUCAAGCACUGUGAGACCAAGAGCAACAAGCCCGAGGGCAAGGUCAAUGACCUUACCGAAGGAGAGACCUACCAGUUUCGUGUGAAGGCUGUCAACAAAGCUGGCCAGAGCAAGCCUUCAGAGCCUUCCGACAACUUCACCGCGAAGGCCAAAUUCCUGGCUCCUGUUAUCGACCGCACGAAUCUGGAGAACAUCACAGUCCGUGCUGGCCAGAUGAUCAAGUUCGACUGCAACGUGACUGGUGAGCCGAUCCCCAAGAAAGCGUGGUUCAUCAACAAGGCUCGUCAAGACGGUGAUCAGCCAGGCAUCAAGAUUGACGAGGAGGACCACCGCACUAAGAUCGUCAUUGCCAGCUGCACUCGCGCCCACAACGGAACCUUCCUCGUCAAGGCCGACAACUCUGCCGGUCACGACGAGGUAGCCAUUGAGGUGGUGGUGCUCGACAAGCCUGGAAAGCCAGAGGGUCCACUGAAGGUGUCAGAUAUCCACAAAGAAGGCUGCACUCUCAAAUGGAAGGAACCCUUGGACGACGGUGGUGCACCUAUUGAGCAGUAUAUUGUCGAGAAGAUGGACACAGAGACAGGCAGAUGGGUGCCAGUAGGCAGGUCACGAGAGCCAAUGAUGGCGGUGGAGAACCUUGAGCCUAAUCACGAGUACAAGUUCCGUGUCUCGGCUAUCAACAGUGAAGGUGAAUCUGAACCUCUCGAAGGUCUUGACACCAUUGUGGCUAAGAAUCCUUUCGAUCCGCCUGAUCCACCAGGCAAACCUGAGGCCACAGACUGGGACAAGGACUUUGUGGAGCUCAAGUGGACCAAGCCUGCUAAGGACAACGGUGCCCCAUUACUGGCUACAUCAUUGAAAAGCGUGAUGAGCUCACCGGCAAGUGGGUCAAGGCCUGAAGUGAAAGGAGACACACCGAAGGGCCGCGUGAAUGACCUGGAUGAAGGCGAAACAUACGAGUUCCGAGUCCGUGCAGUGAAUGAGGCCGGCCCCUCCGACCCGUCGGAGGCCAGCAAACCCGUCACUUGCAAACCCAGGAAAUUGGCCCCAAAAAUCGACCGCCGUAACCUUCGCGACUUGACGGUUCGCGAGGGUGAACCCAUCCUUCUUGACGUUAAGAUUAUUGGCGAGCCACCACCAGACGUCGAAUGGCUUUUCGGCAAAAAACCACUUAAAGAAACCAAGGAUCUCCGUAUUGAAAACGUCCCAUACAACACCAAGUUUAUCAACGACGAACCAUUACGUAAACACUCAGGUGUUUACAAAAUUGUGGCCACAAAUCAGUAUGGUCGCGACGAAGCAGAAGUUACCAUCACCGUCAUUUCCAAACCUGGUAAACCAGAGGGACCUAUUGAAGUGAAAGAUGUCCACAAGGAGGGCUGUAAGCUCAAAUGGAAGCCUCCGAAGGAUGAUGGCGGCUCCCCCGUUGAAGGUUACGUUGUGGAGAAGUUCGACCCUGAUAUGGGUCUGUGGCUACCAGUGGGCAAGACUUCCACGCCAGAUAUGGAAGUUACUGACCUGACUCCUGGGCACGAAUACGAGUUUCGUGUGAAGGCUGUGAAUAAAGAGGGCGAAUCCGAACCACUUGUGACCCUCUCCCCCAUCACGGCCAAGGAUCCCUUUACGGUGCCAGGCAAACCAGGAGCUCCAGAGGCCACAGACUGGGACUCCAACCGUAUUGACCUGAAGUGGUCUAUGCCCCUGGAAGACGGUGGUGCUGCUAUUUCGCACUACAUCAUCGAGAAGAGGGACAAAUACACCAACCUUUGGGAGAAGGCGUGUGAGACUCCCACGCCUGAGUGCAAAGGCUCAGUCACCAACUUGAUCGAGGGAAUGGAUUACCAGUUCCGCAUUACAGCCGUCAACCGCGCCGGACCUGGCGAGCCCAGCGACCCUAGCAAGACCAUUACUGCUAAAGCAAGAUUCCUGCCACCAAAGAUCGAGCGUAAGAACCUACGUGACGUGACACUCUCAGCUGGCUCGAUGCUCAAGUAUGACUGUGACAUCUCUGGCGAGCCUCCUCCAACCGCCUCGUGGACGUUCGAGGGCCGCAAACUAGAGCCCAGCAGGCAUGUCACCAUCACCAAUGUGGACUACAACUCCAAACUGGUGAUCCGUGACGCUGAGCGUGGUGACUCUGGUGAGUAUGUCAUCACAGCAACAAACAGCUCCGGUAAAGACCAGGUGACAGUACGUGUGACUGUCACAGAUAAACCCAGUCCACCUGAAGGACCCAUCAAGGUGUCAGACGUCAGAGGAACGGGUUGCAAGCUCAAGUGGAAACGUCCCAAGGACGAUGGUGGCACCCCCAUUGAGUACUACCAAGUCGAAAAGCUGGAUCCCAACACCGGACUGUGGGUGCCAGCAGGUCGGUCGGCCGGGCCUGAGCCCUCAGUGGACCUGAACAACCUCAGCCCCGGGACCGAGUACCAGUUCCGUGUGAGGGCCGUCAAUGCUGAGGGCGAGUCCAGUCCUCUCAAUGCUGAUGAACCUGUUCUAGCCAAGGAUCCUUAUGAGGAACCAGGCAAGCCCGAAAAUUUGCAGGUGGCUGAUUACGACCAAAAUAAAGUGGACCUUAAAUGGGAGCCGCCUAAGAGCGACGGUGGCGCCCCCAUCCAGAAGUACAUCGUGGAGAAGAAAGACAAGUACGGCGGGUGGGAUAAGGCAUGUGAGGUGCCGGCUAAUAAGACAAGCUGCUCUGUGCCUGAUCUGAUUGAGGGUGAAACAUACGAGUUCCGAGUCCGAGCCGUCAACCCUGCUGGUCCUGGUCUCCCAUCUGAUGCCACUCAUCCUGUCACUGUCAAGCCAAAGAACAUGCCUCCUAAAAUUGACCGCACAAACCUGGUUCCCGUCAGAAUCAAGGCUGGCCAGAGUUUCGUUUUCGAUGUCAACGUGUCUGGCGAGCCUGUGCCGGAAAAGAAGUGGCUCCUGAAAAAGAAGGAUAUCAAACCCAGCUCCGUAACCAACAAGUACAACGACUACAACACCAAGCUGCGAGUGACUGGAGCAACCAGAGAGGAAAGCGGCACUUACACCAUUACGGCAGAGAACGCCAAUGGCAAAGACUCGGCAGAUGUAGAGGUCAUUGUACUUGAUAAACCUGGAACGCCGGUGGGUCCACUUAAGGUCUCUGAAGUGUACGCAGAGGGCUGCAAGUUGGACUGGAAACCACCUGCUGACGACGGUGGCUGUCCCAUAGAUCAUUACGUCGUGGAGCAGCUGGAUGAAGCCACCGGCCGCUGGGUUCCUGCAGGCGAGACGGCUGGCAAAGAAACAACCUUUAACGUAGAGGGACUCACACCUGGACACAAAUACAAGUUCCGCGUUAAGGCUGUCAAUCGCCUGGGCACAUCCGAUCCUCUGGUCACUCAGCAGGCAAUCGAAGCCAAGAAUCCAUUCGAUCCUCCAAGUUCGCCGAAGGACGUCGACAUCGCUGAUUUCGACACUGACUUCGUGGACCUUGAAUGGAAGAAGCCAGAAACUGACGGCGGAGCACCCAUCACUGGUUACAUCAUAGAGAAACGAGACCGCUACAACCCACUGUGGGACAAGUGCGCCACUGUGGAGGGUGACCAGUGCAAGGCUCACAUCCCUGACCUUCUCGAGGGUAAUGUGUAUGAGUUCCGCGUCGUGGCUGUCAACAAGGCUGGUCCGGGUGAGCCGUCUGAACCUACCAAGCCGCACGUCGCCAGACCCAAGAAUCUUCCUCCUCGCAUUGACCGCAAUGCCAUGAUGGAUGUGAAGGUCAAGGCCGGAGAUAACUUGAACUUGCCAGUGCCGGUGGUAGGCGAACCUCCCGCCACCAAACAAUGGAGAGUCAGGGACAACGACCUCUACCCCAGUGAUCGUCUUUCCAUCAUCAACGAGGAUUACAUGACAACAAUCAAGAUCACUGAUUGCAAGCGUUCAGACAGUGGAGCAUUCACACUGAACGCUCGUAACAAGAAUGGUGAGGACACCUGUACCGUCAACAUCACUGUGCUUGACGUGCCUGGCGCCCCUGAAGGACCGAUUAAGUACUCAAACGUCAACCGCAGUGGUUGCUCUAUCGCUUGGAAGCCACCCAAGGAUGACGGAGGCUCCGAUAUCACUAGCUACGUUGUCGAGAAGAUGGAUAUGGAAACUUAUCGCUGGGUACCGUGUGGAGAAGUCAAGGGUACAAGCUUCGACGUUGACAACCUUAUUGAAGAUCACGACUAUAAGUUCCGUGUGUCGGCUGUUAAUCGCCAAGGUCAGGGUCCACCAUGCACUGGCGUAGACACUAUCACCGCAAAGGAUCCUUACAGCAAACCUACCAAACCUGGCACACCAGAGGUUAUGGACUGGGACAAGGAUCGUGUCGAUCUCCAAUGGACGGAACCUCGUUCUGACGGUGGUGCCCCCAUUACAGGAUGGAUAGUCGAGAAGAAGAAGAGGUUUGGACCCUGGGAGAAGGCUCUUGAGUUACCAGCAAAACACGGGCCCAAGGCCUCUGUACCUGAUCUUACUGAAGGUGAGGAGUAUCAGUUCCGUGUGAUUGCAGUUAAUAAGGCAGGAAACUCUGAUCCUUCAGAUUCCUCACAGCCAGUUGUCUGCAAGGCUCGAUUUGAGAAGCCCGGUAUAGACACAAAAGACCUUGGGGAUCUUAUCAUCAAGGUUAACACGCGCCUUAACUACACAAUACCAAUCCGCGGAGCCCCAAGACCCAAGGUAUCAUGGACCGUCAAUGGUUCACCUGUUGUGGAGUCAGAACGAGUGGACCUGCAGACCUACGGUAAGCAGACAAUCCUGGACAUUCCCUUCGCCCAGCGCACUGACAGUGGCCGCUACACUUUGACGCUGGAAAAUGACCUUGGCAAAGUGUCUGCUUCAGGUACCGUGAUCGUUCUUGACCGACCUUCUCCUCCUGAGGGCCCACUGAACGUGUAUGACGUCACCCGAGAGAGCUGCAAAGUCUCCUUCAAAACUCCCAGUGAUGACGGCGGCUCUCCCAUCCUGCACUACCUGGUUGAGAAGAUGGAUGUGUCUCGUGGUACAUGGACCGAGGCAGCUGAGGUGGCAGGUCUGAUGGCUGACGUUCAUGGACUCGUCCACAUGAAGGAGUAUCACUUCCGUGUCAAGGCUGUCAACGCUAUUGGCGAGUCUGAACCUUUGUGUACUCCUAAGAGUAUCAUUGCCAAGAAUGCCCAGGACGAGCCAAGUCCGCCCGGUCGCCCCAACGUGGUGGACUGGGACAGUGAUCAUGUGGACUUGGAAUGGACGCCCCCGACUAACGAUGGUGGUGCACCCAUCACUGGAUAUCUUAUUCAGAAGAAAGAACGUGGCUCACCAUACUGGCAGACAGCAGCACGUGUCACUGGCCCUGAGACCAAGGGCACAGUGCCUAAUCUUACAGAGGGGCAGGAAUAUGAAUUUAGGGUUGUUGCCGUCAACAAAGUCGGAAACUCUGAACCAUCUGAACCCUCAGACGCUGUCAUUUGCAGGCCAAGGCACCUUGCACCCAAGAUUCUUGGUCCCCUGUAUGACGUGCGCAUCAAGGCUGGCCAGGUCCUUCACGUUGACGUGGAUUACAUCGGUGAACCACAGCCUGACGUAUUUUGGUUCAGUGAUGAUAAGGAGCUACAGAUUGAUGUGCGAACUACCAUCACUGCCAUCAACAACCACAGCGUCUUGCACACAGUCAACACUAUGCGCAAUGACUCUGGCGAGUACCGCAUUCGGGUGAAGAACGAGAGUGGUCAGGAUGAAGGCACCUUCCAGGUAGUUGUGUUGGACACACCUGGAAAACCCGAGGGUCCUCUGGUGUACGAGGAGGUGCAGGCUAAUAGCGUAGUCAUGUCCUGGAAACCGCCGGUUGACGAUGGUGGCAGCCCCAUCACCGGCUACGUCAUUGAGAAGCGGGACAUCUCGCAUGGCGGAGGCUGGGUGCCAGCAGUCAACUGGGUGGAUCCCAAGCAGAACCACGCAACAGUACCGCGCUUGCUAGAGGGAACCCAGUAUGAGUUCCGUGUGAGGGCAGAGAACAUGCAGGGUCGUGGUGAACCUCUCGAGUCGGACAAACCUGUUACUGCCAAGUCUUCAGCAGAUGUGCCUGGGGCUCCUGGCCGUCCAACCUGCACAGACUCUGAUAAGGACUUCAUCAAGAUCUCGUGGGCUCCUCCCCGCUCCACUGGAGGUUCUCCAAUCACAGGCUACGAUGUUGAGCGCUGCGGCAUCCACUCUGGCCGCUGGAAGAAGGUCAACCGUGACCCCGUGCGCACCCCAGAGUUCGUGGACGACACCGUCAACGAGGGCGAGCAGUACCAAUACCGAGUUAUUGCCAACAACAAGAUGGGCCCAUCUAACCCCUCAGAACCUUCACAGGCUAUCACUGCCAAGCCAAUGCGCGAGGCUCCCAAGUUGUAUCUGGACGGUCUCCUGGGCAAGAAGUUGAAGGUGCGUGCUGGCGAGCCCAUCGAUAUCAAGAUCCCGCUCUCUGGUGCUCCACAACCAGCCUGCGAGUGGUCCAAGCAGAACAAGAAGAUAGAGCCCAGCAAGAGGACCUCGAUGGAGACUACCCCCGACCAUUGUCGUCUCUUCGUGGACAAGUCUCGCAGGGAAGACUCCGGUACUUAUACCAUUGCUGCCGAAAACCCUUACGGCAAGGACUCCGCCAACAUCGAGGUCAUCGUAGUGGACAAGCCAGGUCCUCCUCUCGGCCCGCUGACGCCGACGGAUGUGACAGCCCACACUAUCUCGCUCUCCUGGAAGCCACCCCAGGAUAAUGGAGGUGCCGAGGUUACCGGCUACGUGGUUGAAAAAGCAGAGGGUAACUACGACAUCUGGAAGGUGGUGCCUGGCUACUGCCCCAAGUGCAACUUCACCGUCAAGGGUUUGGAGGAGGGUAAGAAGUACCGGUUCCGCGUGCGUGCCGAGAACAUGUACGGCGUGUCGGAGCCGCUGGAGGGCAAGCCAGUGGAGGCCAAGAAUCCAUUUGACCCUCCGGAUGCGCCAGAGCGUCCAGACAUCACCGGCUACAGCCCGUCCACCUGCUCUCUGGAAUGGAAGCCUCCGACCAACACAGGCGGACGACCCAUCACAGGCUAUAUUAUCGAGAAGCGUGAGCGUGGCGGUGAUUGGAUAAGGGUGAAUCACUACCCGACGCCCAACACGCAGUACACAGUCCAGGGACUAUCUGAAGGCAGCCGCUACGAGUUCCGUAUCAUUGCUGUCAACGAGGCAGGUCCUGGCAAACCCAGCAAGCCAUCCAACUCUAUCGUGGCUAAGGUGCAGAAGUACCUGCCAGGCCCACCAGAGGCACCCAGGCCGGACCGUAUUGGCCGCAAUUGCGUGACACUCUCCUGGCGACCACCAAACCAGGACGGCGGUGCCAAGAUCAGAGGCUACUUGGUGGAGUACAGACAGAAAGAUGAGGACGAGUGGCAGCCGGCUAACAGUCUCCCUCAUCCUGACACCAGCUACACUGUGCUCGGUCUUACGGAGCUGGACGAAUACUACUUCCGCGUUAUCGCAGUCAAUGAAGUAGGUCCUUCGGCUCCGUCCCGACCUUCUGCUCUCAUUAAAAUUGAGGAACAGGCCAACAAGCCUCGCAUUGACCUCAGUGCCGUGCGCGAUAUCACUGUGCGUGCUGGAGAAGACUUCUCCAUCCACGUGCCAUACACCGGCUUCCCGAAGCCCACGUCCAUAUGGUACCAUGAUGAUGAGGAGAUCAAUAUCCCGGCAGACAUUCGCAUCCACGAGAAACUCACUGAUGAUUACUGUGCAAUGAUUGUCACCAACUCCAAGCGCUCAGACACUGGCCCAUACAAGCUACGUCUCCAGAACCCAUCUGGCUUCGACUCUGUAACACUGAACGUACGCGUGCUCGACCGUCCGGCACCACCGGAGAACCUGCACGCUGAUGAAUUCAAUGGUGAUGCCCUCACCCUCUUCUGGAACCCACCCAAGGACAACGGCGGUGCCGAGAUUACCAACUAUGUGGUGGAAAAGCGAGAGGGAAAAGGGAACUGGACGAAGGUCAGCAGCUACGUGACCGCUCCCUUCCUCCGCAUCCGCAACCUUGUCGUCAACAAAGAGUACGACUUCCGCGUGAUGGCGGAGAAUCAGUAUGGUCAGUCCGACCCCUGCACCUCGCCCACUCCCAUCAGGGCCAGGCAUCCAUUCGAUCCGCCAGGCGCACCAGGUGCUCCACGUGGACUGGAGUCCACCGAGGACUCCAUCACCAUCCAGUGGUCGAAGCCGCGGCACGACGGUGGCGCCCACAUCCAAGGCUAUGUGGUGGAGAAGCGCAUCGUUGGGGACAACACAUGGACCAAGGCGUCGCAUGCCAUGGUGAAGGACACCACCUACCGUGUCAUCAACCUUACCGAGCACCAGGAAUAUGAGUUCCGCGCAGCAGCCAUCAACGCUGCCGGUCAGGGCCCCUGGAGCGACCCCAGCGAGAACAUAAAGUGCAUCAGCUUCCGCGCUCCCAAGAUCACGUCGGACCUCAGUAUCCGCGACAUGACUGUGAUCGCAGGCGAGGAGUUCACCAUCACAGUGCCCUUCAUCGCUUCCCCGCAGCCCAAGGUCCAGUGGUGGAUUGGACCCAACGAGGUUAUUCCCGACGACCGCAUCCAGUUCCACAUGGAUACCAGCAGUUCCUCCACUGUCUUCAUCAACAAGAGUGCCAAGCGCUCAGACAUUGGCAAAUACACUAUCAAGCUCACAAACACUGAAGGUGCAGAUUCCGGCUCCUGCAAGGUCAAUGUUGUGGACAGACCAACUCCACCUCAGGGUCCUCUGGAAGUGUCAGACAUCACACCUGAGACUUGUUCUCUGGCCUGGCGUCCUUCCCUGGACGAUGGAGGUUCACCUGUUACAAACUACCAGGUGGAACGCCUCGAACCCCACGUGGGCAUCUGGGUCAAGGUAUCUGCAUUCGUACGUUCCUGCCACUACGACGUCAUGGGACUUGAGCCUAACAAGACCUAUAUGUUCCGCGUCCGUGCCGAGAACCAGUAUGGCCUCUCAGACCCUCUGGCAACACUGGAUCCCAUCACAGCCAAAUUCCCAUUUACUGUGCCCGAUCCUCCAGGUCGCCCCAACAUCUUGGAUCACGACAUCAAUUCGGUGAUCCUUACUUGGGACCGUCCAGCUUCCGAUGGUGGCUCAAAGAUUCAGGGUUACAAGGUGGAAUACCGGGAUGUCACCGAUACCAACUGGGCGGCUGCCAACGACUUCCUGGUUAAAGAAACCACCUACACUGUCCACUCUCUCCUGAUUAACCACGAAUACGAAUUCCGUGUGAAGGCUAAGAAUGCUGCUGGCUAUAGCAAGUAUUCACCACCAAGCAAAAAGAUCAAGAUGAAGGGUAAAUAUGCAGUACCAUCUCCUCCUGGUACUCCUGUUGUCACUAAGAUUGGAAAGAACUAUGUCGACCUUAAAUGGACUGUUCCAGAAAGUGAUGGCGGUUCACGCAUCACUGGCUACAUGGUGGAGAAGCGUGAGAUUGGCAGUAUCUGGAUGAAGUGCAACGACUACAAUGUUGUAGAUACCCAGUACACUGUUCUUAAUCUCACUGAAGGCUCUGAUGUUGAAUUCCGUGUAUAUGCCAUCAAUGCUGCCGGCAAAUCUGACCCAUCAGAGAGUGCUCAGCCUGUGAAGAUCCGAGAAGCAGCUCCAGGAGAGAAGCCAUUCUUCAUCAAGAACUUGCAGAAUACUGCAGUAGCGUUGCACAAAUCGGUCACCCUGGAGUGUGAAGCUGAGGGUAAACCAACUCCCACUGCCCGCUGGUUGAGGAAUGGCCGCGAAGUGACACUUGGUGGUCGUAUCACCUCAGAAGAGCGUGAUGGCAAAUUCAAGUUAAUUAUCUCAGACAUGUGGGAGGUAGAUGAAGGUGACUACGCUUGUGUGGCGGCAAACGACGCUGGUCAAGCCACCUCUAUCGCCCACGUUAAGAUUGGCAACCCACCACGUAUCACACAGAUGCAAGAUGCCCUGUACCUGCCCGAAGGUGACAAUACUAAAAUCAAGAUAUAUUUCACUGGUGACCUGCCUCUUGAUGUUACACUCACCCAGAAUGGUCUGCCCGUGGAGGAAUCUCAGCGUCUUAAAUUCACUGUCUUUGACGAAUUUAUAAUCAUCUUUAUUAAGGAAGUGGUAAAGCAGGACGCUGGUCAGUACACUCUUAACGUCAAGAAUGACUCUGGCUCUGUCAGUGGUAACUUUAUUGUAUACAUCACAGGUGUACCAGGAGCUCCAACUGCUCCUCUAGACGUUACCGACAUUAGUCGUCACAUGUGUAACCUAGCCUGGCGUCCACCAGUCUACGAUGGUGGAAUGCCUGUUACACAUUACGUGGUUGAACGCAAGGACAUUACUUAUGCUAACUGGAUUACGAUCAACUCCUUCUGCAAGGACUGUGCCUUUACAGUUCAGGGCCUCACUGAGGGACAAGAAUACCUGUUCCGUGUGAUGGCAGUCAAUGAAAACGGCAUGGGACCUCCUCUUACUGGUGUAAACCCCAUCAAAGCCAAGGCUCCUUACGAUCCUCCAUCCCCACCAGGUACCCCCAACGUCACAGAAGUGGGUGGCGACUUUGUUCACCUGGAAUGGGACAAGCCUGCCCAUGAUGGUGGUUCUCGCAUUAAGGGUUACUGGGUUGAAAAGCGUGAAAUUGGCUCGAACAUCUGGACGAUGGUGAACCAGUAUAUCUGUCUGCCAACUCAGAUCAACGUGUCUAAUCUCAUCGAGGAUCGUCAGUAUGAGUUUAGAGUAUUUGCAGAGAAUGACGCUGGCAUGUCAGAACCUUCCACAUGCUCAACAUCUGUCAGGAUCAAGGAUCCCAACGCAGCUACUCCUCCAGAGAUCAUCACACCCCUUCGCGGCGUGAUGGCCCUCCAGCACAGGAGUGCUACACUCACUUGCCAGAUUUCCGGCAAACCCAGGCCCAACAUCUCAUGGUUCAAGGGUAUGCGUGAGCUGUGCAACAGUGCCAAGUAUGCUAUGACACGCGAUGGUGAGACCUACUCUCUGACGGUGCACGACGUGUAUGGUGAGGACGAAGAUGAGUACAUGUGUCGAGCACAGAACUCUGGUGGCAUCAGGAGCACCAAGGCCGAUAUCUCUAUUAAGCUGGCGCCGAAGAUCAAUGUGCCUCCCAGGUUCCGUGACACUGCCUUCUUCGACAAGGGUGAAAAUGCUGUCAUCAAAAUUCCGUUCAAUUGAUAAUAUCCCCGUCCUCGCAUCACAUUGCAACGAAGGGUGAGAUCCAUCGAGUCCGACGGCCAUUACUGUGAGACACAGCAGAGGAACACGCCAUCCACACGCUUGCGGACGUCCACCAACCUGGACACUGGCAACUACAGACUACAGCCCGAGAAUGAGCUGGCUCAGACCUGUCAAUCACAAGAUCCAGAUUUCUCAGAUCGUCCAGACCCGCCCCGGUUGCCUAAGGUGGAGAGUGUACUGGGCACAGAGUGUGUCCUCAGUUGGCAAAUUCCUCUUUGGGACGGUGGAGCCAAUAUCAACAAUUACAUCAUUGAGAAGCGGGAGCUGCCCAUGGAGUCGUGGAUCAGAUGCUCCAACACCCGCCUCACCACUGCUCAGAUCAAGGGGCUGAGUCCUGGCCACAAAUACCAGUUCAGGGUGUAUGCGGAGAAUGUGUACGGCCGCUCCGAUCCAUCCACGGUCACAAGCAUAGUGGAGACUCCUGCUCCUCUCACCAAGAAACCCAAGAAGAAGGAAUACGAAGUGGAUGAGACUGGCAAGAAGAUCCGCGGUAGAAAGGAAUCCGUUGACGACUAUGAUCAGUUCGUCUUCGACGUCUACUCUAAAUACGUCCCACAACCUGUUGAUAUUAAGCAUGACUCUGUCUACGAAUACUACGAUAUCCUGGAAGAGAUCGGCACAGGCGCCUUCGGUGUCGUCCAUCGUUGCCGAGAACGUAAGACAGGCAAUAUCUUUGCUGCCAAGUUCAUCCCUGUCGCGUCUGCAAUAGGGAGAAGGAAUUUCUUAUCCGAAAGGGAAUUGAACAAUCAUACCGACCUCCACCAUCCUAAGCUCAUCAACCUUCACGACGCCUUUGAAGACGAUGACGAAAUGGUUUUGAUCUUCGAAUUCUUGUCUGGAGGCGAACUCUUUGAACGAAUCACAGCAGAGGGCUACGUUAUGUCUGAGGCUGAGGUUAUUAACUACAUGCGCCAGAUCUGCGAAGGUGUCAAGCAUAUGCACGAAAAGAACAUCAUCCACCUGGACCUUAAACCCCGAAAACUCAUGUGUCAAAACCAAAAUCCCACCCGAAAACUCAUCGACUUCGGUAGCGACCAAACAAACCCCAAAGAGGUCGUGAAGACCGACGGGCACGCAGAGUUUGUGCUCCAAAAGAUCGUAGAACGUGAACCCCUUGGUUUCUACACGGAUAUGUGAGUGGGGGUUUUAGCUUACGUUCUCCUCAGUGGUCUCUCGCUCGCUGGGGAGAAUGAUAUCGAAAAACCCCCAAAAACGCAAGGCCUUGACUGGGGGUUCGAUGAAGAAGCCCUUAGUAAUGUUUUUAAUGAGGCCAAAAAUUUCAUCCGCCCUCUUCUCAUUAAGAAAAAGAGGAAAAGAUACACGCACGAGGCUUUAAUGCACGCUGGCUGGUGGUGAUACUCCCUCGCUGGGGCCCAUCGAUAUGAGCGUUACAUUCCCACCGAUAAAAUCCGUGCCAAGUACAAGGAUGGGGGGAAAUUCCUCUUGCCCCUUGGUCGUAUCGGGAAAAUUCCUCCCAGAAAAAAGCAGCUGGACAAAUACAGGAUACACGAUACGCACUUCGACCGACGACAGUGUGCACCAAGGUUCGUCAUCCGGCCACAGAACGCCUUCACUUACGAAGGCCAGAGCGUCAAGUUCUCGUGCCGCAUCGUGGCCGUGGCUGCCCCCACCGUCUGCUGGUUCCACAACAACAUGGAGCUUAGACAGUCUGUCAAGUACAUGAAGAGAUACUCGGGCGAAGACUACUCCUUCGUUAUCAACCGUGUCAAGCUAGACGACCGCGGCGAGUACAUUAUCCGAGCGGAGAAUCACUACGGUGCCAGGGAGGAACCCGUCUUCCUCAACGUCCAGCCUCUCCCUCCGGAGGUUCCACCAUACAGACCUCAAGAACAGAUCAUCCGUCGAAGACAGCCUCUGACGUACAAGUUGUGGCAGGAGGAGGGUGAGGGAGCGCCGAGCUUCACUUUCCUGCUCCGGCCUCGUGUCAUUCAAUGCCACCAAACUUGUAAACUCCUCUGUUGUCUCGCUGGCAAGCCCGUCCCCACGGUCAAGUGGUUCAAGGGAACUCAGGAGCUCUCCAAGUUUGACUAUUCCAUGAGCCACGCCGACGGUGUGGUCACCAUCGAAAUAGUCAACUGCAAACCAUCAGACUCUGGCAAAUACAGAUGCGUGGCUACUAAUUCUCUGGGCACAGAUGAGACAUCCUGUGUUGUUAUAGUUGAAGGCGUCGGAGAUCGGACCCAGGAACAGAAGACCCUGAUGACUAAUCUGAAGUUCUCAGAUCGAAGGUAUAUAGAAACGACGAUCAAGGACCUACCACCCCCGCCCACGCCCGCAAUAAGAGUAGAUGACUCGAGCUACUUCAGUUCCACACACAAGGAUGCUCGUGGUACCACCACUACCAAGGUCGAGGCCUCCUCUGCCUCCUCCACCACCGCCUCAACCACCUCUGGGGCCAAGAGAACUCUCAAACCCUACGGCAAGAGGCAAGAUUCCACGGGCUCUACCUCCAGGUCCCGCUCAGCCACCAAGGAGCUGGAGUUGCCCCCGGAUGAUUCCUUGAUGGGUCCUCCCGGCUUCUCUGGAGAGCUGCCCAAAACUCUCUCUAUUAAGGAUGGUGAAGCUUUGUGCCUUAAGUGCACCGUCAAGGGUGACCCAGAACCUCAAGUAUCUUGGUUCAAGGACGGAGAACCUCUCAGUUCCUCCGAUAUCAUCGAUCUCAAGUAUCGCCAGGGUCUAGCGUCCCUCACCAUUAACGAAGUGUUCCCAGAAGACGAAGGACUUUAUGUAUGUAAGGCGACCAGCUCCCUAGGGUCCGCAGAGACCAAGUGUAAGCUCUCUAUAACCCCAAUGGAGGCGCAGAUUAACGGCAAGGGAGGCCGAGGCGAUAAACUGCCUAGAAUCACAGAGCAUCUCAUUUCCCACGAGGUCCAGGAUGGCACUUCCCAUACACUCUCUUGUAAGAUCGGCGGAGCCUCCAAGUUCGACGUGGUGUGGCUCCACAACGAGAAAGAGAUCAAGCCUUCCAAAGACUUCUUAUACGUGACUGAGAGAGACAACUACUUGCUCAAAAUUGCCGAGGUCUUCCCCGAGGACGCUGGAACUUAUACCUGUGAAGCAUUCAACGAUGUAGGCGAAACUUUCAGCACCUGUACACUCACCGUCAUCGUCCCAGGAGAAGAGAAGAAACAACCAGCUUAAAAGUUCCCAAGGUCGCAGACGGUGAUGGAAGGCAAAUCGGCUACUUUCAAUGUCAAACUCGAGAAAGAACCGCUCAAGGUGUCGUGGAUCAAGGACGGCAAGCCUGUGGAUGAGAGUUCGCCGCGCUUCAAGUUCCUGCAAGAAGGCAAAAAGGACUUCACUCUGGAGAUUCCCAGCUGCCUGCCAACGGAUGUGGGCCAGUACAUAGUGAAGGCCACCUCCAAGAAGGGCGACACUACCGCAGCCUUCUCUCUCAACGUCCACACUACCGCCGACCUGUGAUUUGUUUCCUCUUCCCCCUAAGGUAUUGGAUAAUGCACACCAUUAAAUAC